GUUAACGUUUUCUCCGAGAGGAAGAAGAAGAUAAAGAGAUAAAGUUCCUCCUGCAGCAGAAGUUGUCCCGGGAGGAAGAGGAGGACGAACAGGUUUUUCUGGCCGCUGCGUCGCCGUCCCGCCGUGUGCUGAUCCUCUCGGCGCCACCCAGAGAACAGCGACCCCCGCAGCGUGAGCCCGUCAGCGCCGGCUUCUCCUCAUGGCCCACCCGUACGAGCCCUGGUUACGGGCGCCGCCGCCGAGCGGCAGCCCGGAGGACGUGAACAUCCCCUCGUGGUGGGACCUGCACCGGGACAUGCAGUCCGGCAGCUGGAUCGACCUGCAGGCGGGGCCGGGCGGCGGCGGCCUGAACCCGGGCGGCUCCAUGGGCCUGCAGCACUCGCUGGGGCCCUACGGCUCCGACCCGCAGCUGUGCGGCCUGCCGCCGGCGCAGCUCGCCCCGGCCUCGCACCUCUUCGCCGCCCAGGACGGCUUCAAGAUGGAGCCGCUGGGCCCCGAGAUGCAGCAGCAGCAGCAGCAGCAGCAGCAGCAGCAGCAGGAGGCAUACUCCCAGCUGGAGGAGGCGCAGGAGAGCGCCGCCGCCGCCUCGGCCCGGCCCAAGCGCCGCUCCUCCUCCAGGGGCGCCGGCCAGGCGGCGUGCCGCUGCCCCAACUGCGUCCACGCCGAGCAGAUGGGCCAGAGCGCCGACGACAGCCGCAGGAAGCACAUGCACAACUGCCACAUCCCCGGCUGCGGGAAGGCCUACGCCAAGACGUCGCACCUGAAGGCUCACCUGCGCUGGCACAGCGGCGACCGGCCCUUCGUCUGCAACUGGCUGUUCUGCGGCAAGAGGUUCACGCGCUCCGACGAGCUGCAGCGCCACCUGCAGACGCACACCGGCGCCAAGAAGUUCAGCUGCUCGCUGUGCCCCCGGGUCUUCAUGCGCAACGACCACCUGGCCAAGCACAUGCGCACGCACGAGUCCCCGCCGGGCCGCGGCGAGGAGCGGCUCAACGGCGACGGCCGGAUGGAGAAGGGCUUCGACGCGCCCAAAGCGCCGCAGGCCAACGCGGCGGCGGCGGCAGCCGACGCCACGUUGGAGCCGCCGCCGCCGCCGAAGAUGAAAUGUGAGACGGACGCCUCGGCGUCCGGCGCCGCGGGGCAGUCCGGCUAAUUUCAUCCCCUUUGAGGAGUUCUUUUGAAUCGCAGUUUAACAGGAAGGUGGAGAUGUGUUCACGUAGUUUUACAAUAGAAUAGAGAAGAGGGUCGACUUUCAGAGCGAGUUUGAGGUCCUGUGAGUUCAUCAACUCGGUGAUGAUGGAAAUGUUUUAGCACGCAGGGGAAAAGGAAUUUGACUUAUUCUGCGGAUGCAACUUUACUUAAAAUGGAAGGCGCUCACGCCCCCGAUACGACCGACAGGCGGGCGGAGGUCACCCGACGGCGUCUCCUUCACUUGUUUACAAUGAAGCUGUUCAAAUGUGUGACUGCUGGGAGCUUUGGAGAAAUGUUUCGACUCCAACUAACAACCAUAAAACCAGUGGAAGGGCAGCACGCUUUAAAACAGAGACGGCGAUACUUUAUUUAUUUUUGUCUCAAACUAUCACCACGUGUGUGUGUGUGUGUGGCUGACUGUGCAAGUAGUGAUAAGACACUGGAAUAUAAUACAGCAUUUUAUAAUAAAUAAUUAAAAAAAGGUCAAUAGCCAUUUGGAAGGUUGAAGGUUCACACCACAAAACUGUGUGCGUGUGCUGCUUGUAUGCAACCAUUAAAAUAGGUUUACAAUAAGUUAAAUCGUAGGUUACAUUAAUAAAAUGUUACAGCUGACGAAAACGCUGCCACAUUGUUGAUGUAUAAUAUAUAAUAUAGGAGAAAAAAAGGGAAUUCCAUGCACUACAAUGGCUCAUAUCUACCAAAGAAUUGUGCGUAGUUAUGAUGGUAAAACACUUAUUAAUGAGAAUAAUCAUACAGUAAUAGAAUGUGAACGUUGUUUUUCGUUGGUUACCAGAGCGACCGCGACAAUGCAAAUAAACAGGAAUUAAGUGUGAUGACGACGAUGAUGUGAAAAGAGUAAACUCACAAAUCACAACUCAUUAAAGCUAAAAAAUAUAUGAAAAUGAUCAGAGUUCUGAGGACAUAACGGGAUGCUGUCCACCAGCUGGACGUGGGUGGCGCCCACAGGGCCAUCAUGCUGGCUGCUGGUUGGCUGCAGCCACGAGACGUAAAGCUGCACUCAUCACAAUUGUAAUAUUAACAAUGGAAAUAAUGUGCCGCUCAACUCUACGAGUGCACUAUGUUUUAGGGUAUUUUUUCUAAUUUUCUGUUGUUUUUUAGACCUGCAACUUCACCAUUUUUAGUUUAGUUUCACUGCUCUAAUCAAAAAUCUUUACACGGUUAAACUUGUGUGAACGGUGAACUCUGCUGCCAUCUAGCGGCCAAAAAGAAGAACUGCGUUUGAUAACUCGGGCAAACAGAACGUCUUCAAAGAGAGAUCAAAGGUUCAGGCGGCAGUUGAAGCUUUCAUAAUCAAUAAUAUGUGAUCAAUAGUUCUGUAGACAGCUUUACAGUUUAAACACUAUUAGGAUGUAUGUAACCAUCACAGACACUAGGCUGAGAUUUCUAUAUAUUUAGGGAGCUUGCAUUAUUGGAAGCUCACAAUUGCUGUAUUUAUGUAUAGGAGAUAAGAAAAUGGAAGUCUGUGCUUAAACUUUAGUCAAUUAUUGUGUAUUGACUAUUUCUAUUAUUUCUAAUAAUAGAAAUAGUCUUUUUUUGAUGUUGGUCAGUAGAAGAAAAUGGACAACUUUGUUUUAAUUUGUUGAUGUAGUGAAUGUUUAGUUGACUGUAAUGAAAUAAGUUCUAAAACCUUUAAUAAGUUAAGUAUCAUGGUGUUAUAACUUGUAUUUAAUCUAUUAUUGUCCUUUAAAUAAAUAAAUAAAUAUUCUGUUUCCAUGUUGAA